AAGAUGAGGCCGAAAUUAACGAAGCGGAGGGGAAACUGGCAAAAUCAAGGGAGUGGAGGCAGUUUCAAGGAGACGGCCCACGAGGCUCUGGCCACUCUGUUGCUUGCGGACUUCAUGACGAAGAAGACGAUAAGGUUUCUUCGGGUUUGGCCCAACGCUUCAGGUGUCAAGCUAUGGCCAGAAUUAUCUCGACUAGGCCGUGUGCAAUUUGCAAAUGUUUGCACCAGCACCAUGAACACAUAUUCGAUGCAAUGAAUGCAAUCUUGAGGAAUUUCCCACAGUUAAUUACCUUUGAAGGGGAGCAUGGUCUUCCCACUGGAAUACUGAAUGCAGUGACAACCCAUUCUUUUCUAAGUUGGUUUCUCAAGUAAGCAGGUUCACGUUGGUUCUCUGUUUCUUUUUGCUAAAUAAACUAAAUGUAUCUAAGGCUAUUAAAGUGUAUCUUUUUGUUCUAUUGGCAUCAUUUUUUCUUCUUCCCGAUCUAUUCUAAUUUUCCCUCUGAAUAGCUUCUGGACCUGCCAACUUAGUUAUUAAAGUAUUAAUUUUCAAGAUAUUGUUAUUUGGUGAAAUAUUAACUUGGAUGAUCUUUAAAAC